AUGACACUAAUAGAUGGUUGCAUUGUAGACCUCGCUAUUAAAGCAUCAUUUUCUGUAACUAAUCCAUUUGCUUAUACACCAGCCUCUUUAUAUAAAUUUGUAGACCCUAAAGAUUUAUCGUAUUUAUAUAAUAUUGGCGGUUUGGAUGGUUUGCUAUUAGGUUUGCAUACUAAUGAAAAAUCAGGUUUAGUGGAUAUCAAAGAAAAUCUCAAAGAAAGAGAUUCAUUGAAUCCCAUAACUUUAGAAGAAAUUUUAAAAGAACAACAAAAAGAACCACCAGCAAAUGAUGAAGAGGAAGAAAAAAAUGAAUCCCAUAAUCUUUAUCAACUUAAUCAUAAUUUUGAUGUUAGCGAAGAUUCUCCAUUUUAUGAACGAAUUAGAAUUUUUGGUAAAAAUGUUUUACCCGAAAAAAAAGCCAAGACGAUAUUUGAGCUGAUGUGGAUGGCUAUGAAGGAACAAAUUCUAAUUAUUUUAACGAUCGCUGCUGUUGUCUCUUUAGCUCUCGGAAUUUAUGAGGAUUAUGGCCCUCAAAACCAUAGGCCAGACGAGCCAAAAAUCAAAUGGGUUGAAGGUGUAGCUAUAAUCGUAGCUAUAAUAAUCGUUGUUUUAGUUGGCAGUUUGAAUGAUUGGCAGAAGGAACGUCAAUUUAGAAAAUUAAAUGCAAAAAAAGAGGAUCGUAAUGUGAAAGUCACUAGGAAUGGUAAAGAAAUGUUGUUAUCUGUGUAUGAAGUCUUGGUCGGUGAUAUUCUUCAUUUAGAGCCCGGUGAUAUAAUUGCCGUGGAUGGCGUGUUGAUAUCUUCUCAAAAUCUUCGUUGUGAUGAAUCUGCAGCUACCGGCGAGAGUGAUGCUGUAAAAAAAAAGAGUUAUUAUGAAUGCGAAAAAGAAUCAUUAAUUGCUGGCAAUAAUGUUGGUGGUGAUGAUCAUGAUGGUAAUAAAGCUAAAAAAAUUUUAAAACAUAUUAAAUUUGAUCCUUUUGUUAUAAGUGGAAGUAAAGUUUUAGAAGGCGUUGGUAAAUACGUUGUUACUGGUGUCGGUAUUUAUUCUUUUAACGGGAGAACAUUGAUGGCAUUGAGAAAAGACCCAGAAAAUACACCACUUCAAGAUAAAUUGAAUGAUUUAGCUGAAAGAAUAGCAAAACUUGGCGGAACUGCUGCAAUCAUUAUGUUAUUAACUUUAUUAAUAAAAUAUUUUGCCACGUUUCAUCCAAGCGAUGGUGCAGCUACAAUAAUCGAAAAUUUGGUCACAAUAAUUAUUUCAACAGUUACUAUUGUUGUCGUUGCUAUUCCCGAAGGUCUUCCUUUAGCUGUUACACUUGCACUUGCAUACGCUACUACUCGUAUGUUAAAGGAUAAUAAUCUCGUAAGAGUCUUAUCAGCAUGUGAAACAAUGGGUAAUGCAACAACAAUAUGUUCUGAUAAAACUGGUACUUUGACACAGAAUAAAAUGACUGUAGUUACUGGAAUAAUAGGGUCUUCAGUAGAGUUUCAAAGACAGGGUUAUAAAAAAAACGAAUCGUUAUUGAAGGACCCAAAAUCAAUUGAAAAUUUACGAGAAUCUUUACCAACUGAAAUUUUGGAAUUAUUAGACGAAUCUAUUUCAGUAAAUUCUACCGCAUUUCAGGGUGAUGAGUUAGUUAAUGGAAGAAAUGCUUUUGUUGGUUCAAAAACCGAAACUGCUUUAUUAGAUUUUUUGUUGGAUUUAGGACUUGAUGAUUUCAAUGAUUUAAGAUCACAAGCUAAUGUCGUACAAUUGUUUCCUUUCAGUUCUGAACGUAAAGCAAUGGGUAUUUUGAUUAAAAAAGAAGACAAAUGGAGAUUUCACAUUAAAGGUGCUAGUGAGGUAUUGUUAAGUAAAUCAGAAUCGGUAGUAAAUAUUGCCACUGGUGAUGUGAUUGAUUUAAAUAAUAUAAAUAUAAACAAUAAUAAUGGUAGUGGUGACAUUAGUAGCGGCAGCAGUUAUAAUAUGAGACAACUUGAACAACUUAUCGAGUCUUUUGCCAAUGAUAGUCUUAGAACAAUCACUGUUGCUUAUAGGGAUUUUGAACAAUGGCCUCCAAAGGAUGUUACUGCUUUAAACGACGAUGAUGAAGUAAAAUAUGAAUAUUUGGCUGAGAAACUUACUUUGAUUGCUAUAUUCGGUAUUGAAGAUCCGUUAAGAGAUGGUGUAAAAGAAGCCGUAGAAGAUUGUAAAAGAGCUGGCGUUUAUGUACGUAUGGUAACGGGUGAUAAUAUAUCGACAGCUAGAUCCAUUGCAAUUCAAUGCGGACCUGAUUUUCGCAAACUUUCAUCAGAUAAAAUGCAAAGAAUUAUACCGAAAUUACAAGUUCUUGCUAGAUCGAGUCCAGAAGAUAAAAGAAUUUUGGUGGGUAAACUUAAAGAAUUAGGUGAAAUAGUGGCAGUUACUGGUGACGGGACUAAUGACGGUCCAGCACUUAAAACAGCAGAUGUUGGAUUUUCAAUGGGUAUUGCUGGUACUGAGUAA